CCCACCUCUGUCUCUCUCUCUCUCUCCUCCCCAUCUCCCUCUUCCCUCGCCCUCCCUCUCUCUGUGCAAAACCCUAAAAUUUCUUCGUUCUCUUCUCUCCAUACCCACCACUUUCCGGCCGGACCCUUACCCGAUUACCCGCCGACACCACCCGACCCAGUUCGCAUUUACUCGCACUGAUCCACUCGAAGUUGAAAAAGAUAGGGUUCAGUGGGAGAGAGAGAGGGAGAGGGAGGGAGGGAAAAGAAACCCUAGAAGCGCCUCUGAACUCUCCGGAAUCGGGUUUUCUGGCGAGACCUGGAACCGAGGUAUCGAGUGGUAGUGGUUUAUCCGGGGAGGAAGCUGUCGGAAUUGGAGGAGGUGAAAUGUAUAAGAACCAGUUGCAGGAGCUGGCACAGAGGAGCUGCUUCAACCUCCCGUCGUACACUUGCAUAAGGGAAGGCCCUGACCACGCGCCGAGGUUCAAGGCCACUGUCAACUUCAAUGGCGAAAUCUUCGAGAGCCCUCACUACUGCUCUACUCUCCGCCAGGCCGAGCACUCCGCCGCCGAGGUCGCUCUCAAUGCUCUCUCCAAUCGAGGCCCUUCUCAUUCCCUCGCCGCCAGGAUCUUGGAUGAAACGGGCGUGUACAAGAAUCUCUUGCAAGAAAUAGCUCAAAGAGUUGGAGCUCCUCUGCCUCGGUACACAACCUUUAAGUCUGGACUAGGCCAUCAACCUGUGUUUACCGGCAUUGUAGAAUUAGCUGGAAUCACAUUCACUGGGGAGCCUGCUAAGAACAAGAAACAAGCCGAGAAGAAUGCAGCUAUGUCUGCCUGGUCUUCCUUGAAACAGUUGGCAAAAGAAACGUCAAGUUCUUCAUCCGAGCCAGAUAACACCGAUGAAUUAGAACAGGUGACCAUAGCACGGGCCUUGAUAAAUUACCGUAUUAAGGAAAAUAUUGGUACAGGAAGCUCAUCUAGCACCCCUGUACCAUUUGCAAAGAAGUUUUUCAUUCAAAACCCUAGACCAACAAGCCCUCAGCCUUUGCCUGCCACCACCUCAAAGAUUUUACCAUUUAUUUGUCCUAAGGCCGCUCUUAGAAGCAGAGCCAUUGCCACAUGUUCUGGUGAAAGAACCACUGUACCCACCUCAGAGAAUCGGAGUUAUCGUCCUCAGCAUAGAUUCCCGGCUCCAGGAGCAGCUCCUUAUGUUCCUAUGAGACAGUUUAGGUCAACAUGCCAUGGAAUGGCUCCACCAGUUACAAUCAGAACGGCAGUUCCCGUCUUCUCUGCACCUCCAAUUCCUCCACCUUCUACCACCACGGCCACCCAGUCACAACCUGGUUUUGUUCCUCCGCCUAUGCGGACCGCUGCUCCUGUGAGAAUCGCACCACCAGUCACCAUUAGGCCCGUGGUGCCUGUUUUUGCUGCACCGCCGGCUAAAAAGGAAGAACCUUUGCCUGUCAAGAAAGAAAAUACUGAACCUAUUGGGAAGCCUGCCCGGGAAAUAGGAGAAACCUGGAUGUUUGUUCCGGAGAAUGAGAAGGAAAGAGCGGCAUUUGCCAAACCCGUCUUACCCGAUGUGGCAAUCGGAGAAGUGGUAAAAACAGCUGCAGAAAAUUUUGCCCUAAACCUUGGAGCAGAGAAAACUAACCCAGAGGCUGCCAAAGAGACGGAGAGAACAGCUUCUUCCCCAGCAGAAUCCCUGGAACUACUUAAAAUCUAAGAGGAGGGCUAUUCAGAGAGGAACUUGCAAGACACAUAUGUGUGACUGUCUGGUUUUUUUGAGGUUUUUUUUUUCUUUGUUGUGUUUUUAACUCUUUGUUCAGAGGCCGACGGGUACUUUGAUCAUUCAGAAGGCAGAAGAAGAUUGGUGUAUUAUAUUGGGGGAGUUUAGGAAAGGCCUUUGGAUUUGUAGCAUUUUGCAUCAGUGAAAAAACUAUAAAAUUUGCUAUUUUAAUUUGGUGCA